AUGUUGUCGCAACUCGAACACGACCUCUUACUGGCCGUUCAAGAUGGAGACGAAGCUUUGGUCAGGACGCUGUUGGAAGCGGGGGCAGACCCAAAUGCCGGUGCUUGGGCGCGAUUCGAGCACACUGCAGUCUCCCUAGCCAUAGAGAAUGGGUACGAGGCAAUUUUCGACGAGUUGAUCAGUCGUGGGCUCCUCUAUGGCAUGACCGAGGAGCGGGGACCUCAGAGAAUCGCCACGAAAUCUUUCCCUAGGGACACAUCAAUCAAAGCUACUCUGCAAAUCUGGAUAGCGAAUACCAUGCCGUCUGUCAUUCGUAACAUCUCUUCUUCGUGGCUGCCCAAUGAAACGCACUCGAUGUCACCAGGAGAACGUGCUCUUGAAGCCGUGUUGCGAUCUGACGCUGCCACCGAGAGCAUGGUCAUCAAGCUGCUAGAUGCAAACCUGCUAGCAUCUCAGCCUUACAGCCACUUAGAAGUCGCUCGAAAGCUGCUCGACCUGGCAAUCGAACGCUGUUGGACGACCCUGGCUUCCUACCUGCUCGAACGGGAAGCACCCGUAGACACUGGGCCUUCAGAGAUGUCCAAGGAAUGUUACUGGCCUUCAUUUUUCGGAUCAGUGUCUCACACCUUGCCACAUAUAGAUGCAAAGGUCAUGCCGGAGCACCUUCUAUAUCGCAGAAAGGUGAUAAGUAUUCUUGACGAGUACUACAUCGAGCGCUCGAUGCAAGUCAGUACAUGGGCCAAGGCAGUCAGCUCACGGGUAUUCCACGACUUGUCACGAUCGAAAUCAGAGCAGGAGCGAACAACGGCUAGAGUCAUGUUGGAUGUCCUCCGAAGAAGCUCAGCCAAUCCUUCCAAGCCUGAUGACAGUGGUCUCGAUGCUUUGUCGUACGCAGUACAGCAAGCAUAUCCAUGCGCGGUGUUUGAAGAAGUGCUACAAGCCUGGUAA